AUACAAUUGAAGAAUUGCAAGAACCAAAAGAUAAAAAAUUGAAAUAUAUAAACAUUAUUAGUAUAGUUGUCUCCUUUAUACUUUAUUUUCUCAUUAAUGUUGCUUUCACAACAUCGCUUGGACAUGAUUUUUUCAUUGAUGAGAGUAGUUUUGAUCAAGCUAUUGCUUUUAACAACA